AUGUCGGAUUGCAAGUCUCUAUCCACUCCAGCGGCAGUAACAAAGGCCGCGUCACCGACUACGGAUUCGUAUGAGAAUCCCACUCAGUAUCGUCGGUUGGCUGGGGCGCUACAGUAUCUCACUAUCACUCGCCUUGAUCUCUCCUACGCUGUCAACAGGCUCUGCCAGUUCAUGCACACUCCCACUGAUGAGCACUGGGCCAUGCUCAAGCGAGUUCUCCGUUAUGUGAAGGGUACUCUCACAUACGGCUUGCGGCUGUCUACAUCGUCUUCCUCUGAUGUCCAUGCCUAUUCGGAUUCUAACUGGGCCGGGUGUCUUGUGGAUAGGAAGUCGACCAGUGGGUAUGCGGUCUUUCUUGGCUCCAACCUCGUUUCUUGGGUUUCUCGCAAGCAACGGACUGUGGCUAGGUCGUUUACUGAGGGAAUACAAGGGCCUGGCCGAUGUCGCCGCUGA